UUUCACACCAAUAAGGCCUGUCUUUUUCCCCUUGGUUAUCUAUUCUCACUGUUCUGCUACUAAUCAAUUUUAUUGGUUGGAUGCAGAUUUCGGCAAUAGCAACAUUAGUCUUUGUCUUUGUGUGCAACUUCGUCCUUGGUUUUCUGCCUUAUGUAGACAAUUUUGCCAGCACUGGAGGUUUUAUAUCAGGAUUCCUUCUUGGAUCUGUUUUUCUACUCAGCCCUCAGCUCCAACCAGUAGCUCCAAAUAAAGGUGGUAUUGUUGAGUAUGGUGUCAAAAGUUACAUCAACUUAAAGUUGAAGAAAAAGCUGGACAGACCGGUUCUCAGGAUUGUUUCUCUUAUCCUCUUCGGCCUAUUAUUGGCUGGUUGUCUUGUGGUAGUUCUUCAUGGAAUCAACAUCAACAGUUAUUGCACAUGGUGUCCAUAUGUGGACUGUAUCCCUUUUACAAGCUGGCACUGCAAAGACACAGAAGCCUCUUGUGAGACAAUGGUGAGCAAUGCUCAGCUGACAAUGACCUGUAUAGGGAAUGGCAACUUCAGGGUCUAUCCUUUUACCAACAUUUCUCGGGCAAGGAUGAAUGAUUUGUGCAAUCUGAUAUGCUGACGGGACAAGUUGUUUCAAUGAUUCUUUUAGCCCCGAAUUACCAGGAAAUUCUGGAUAGCUUAUAUCUUAACAAGUUGUCGUAUCCUUUUUUCUAAAUGUAAAGAAAUAGAGUAUAAUUAGAAGCUCGAGAUGUUUGAUUUGACCCAAAUUGAUGCAACAGUUUGCGGAGCAUGUCUUUGGUUGUAAAUACCACAAGAACACCUGGGUGUAAAAUUUGUAGUCCAUGGGCAAGAUGAAUUCUUUUCAUGCUGGAA